CCUUCGUCCGGCUACCGGACCCCGGUGGAACGCACGGCCUGCCCCUGCCCUGCUCUGUCUAGAUCAUGCAGGGGGCCCCUGAGAAGGAGAGGGCGAGUGACCGGUCUGCGCCGCCCAUGUUCUGGGGGCGCCCCCCUCUCUGAGACGCCCCCACCUGCUGCCAUAUGCCGCCGCCACGGAUACCCAGCCUGUAGCUAAACUUUCCCGGCGCCAGCCGGCUCUGAGUCGCGUUUCUGAGCGGAGUGUCCCGGGGACGGAGAACCCAGGCUGGCUGCGGACUAUCUGCUCCUCUCGGCGGGAUCCGUGGAGAGUCCUUUCCUUGGAACUGGAGCCCUAACCGUCCCUCCCCAGCCCUAUCCGGCGAGGAGCUGAGCGCUGCCAGCCGAGGCAGCGCCUUCCCGAAGCAGUUUAUCUUUGGACGGAUUUCUUUAAAGGAAAAAGAAACCAACAGGUUGCUAGCCCCGGCGCCACACACUGGACGCCGGAGGGGGGAGCCGGGCCGGGAUUCCUUUGCCUGCGUUGGCCCCUCUCGGGCUGCUGGAGGCGAGGGGAGGGAGGGGGCGAUGGCUCGGCCUGACCCGUCCGCGCCGCCCUCGCUGCUGCUGCUGCUCCUGGCGCAGCUGGCGGGCAGGGCGGCUGCCGCCUCCAAGGCCCCGGUGUGCCAGGAAAUCACGGUGCCCAUGUGCCGCGGCAUCGGCUACAACCUGACGCACAUGCCCAACCAGUUCAACCACGACACGCAGGACGAGGCGGGCCUGGAGGUGCACCAGUUCUGGCCGCUGGUGGAGAUCCACUGCUCGCCGGACCUGCGCUUCUUCCUGUGCUCCAUGUACACGCCCAUCUGCCUGCCCGACUACCACAAGCCGCUGCCGCCUUGCCGCUCCGUGUGCGAGCGCGCCAAGGCCGGCUGCUCGCCGCUCAUGCGCCAGUACGGCUUCGCCUGGCCCGAGCGCAUGAGCUGCGACCGCCUCCCGGUGCUGGGCCGCGACGCCGAGGUCCUGUGCAUGGAUUACAACCGCAGUGAGGCCACCACGGCGCCCCCCAGGCCCUUCCCGGCCAAGUCCACACUCCCAGGUCCUCCAGGGGCGCCGGCCUCCGGGGGCGAGUGCGCCGCCGGGGGCCCGUCGGUGUGCAAGUGCCGAGAGCCCUUCGUGCCCAUCCUGAAGGAGUCGCACCCGCUCUACAACAAGGUGCGGACGGGCCAGGUGCCCAACUGCGCGGUCCCCUGCUACCAGCCAUCCUUCAGCCCGGACGAGCGCACGUUCGCCACCUUCUGGAUUGGCCUGUGGUCGGUGCUGUGCUUCAUCUCCACGUCCACCACAGUGGCCACAUUCCUCAUUGACAUGGAACGCUUCCGCUACCCUGAGCGCCCCAUCAUCUUCCUGUCAGCCUGCUACCUUUGCGUGUCGCUUGGCUUCCUAGUGCGCCUGGUCGUGGGCCACGCCAGCGUCGCCUGCAGCCGUGAGCACAGCCACAUCCACUAUGAGACCACGGGCCCCGCGCUCUGCACCGUCGUCUUCCUGCUGGUCUACUUCUUCGGCAUGGCCAGCUCCAUCUGGUGGGUCAUCCUGUCGCUCACCUGGUUCUUGGCGGCUGGCAUGAAGUGGGGCAACGAGGCCAUCGCGGGCUAUGCGCAGUACUUCCACCUGGCCGCGUGGCUCAUCCCCAGCGUCAAGUCCAUAACGGCGCUGGCACUGAGCUCCGUGGACGGGGACCCGGUGGCCGGCAUCUGCUACGUGGGCAACCAGAACCUGAACUCGCUGCGCGGCUUCGUGUUGGGCCCGCUGGUGCUCUACCUGCUGGUGGGCACGCUCUUCCUCCUGGCGGGCUUCGUGUCGCUCUUCCGCAUCCGCAGUGUCAUCAAGCAGGGCGGCACCAAGACAGACAAGCUGGAGAAGCUCAUGAUCCGCAUCGGCAUCUUCACGCUGCUCUACACGGUGCCCGCCAGCAUCGUGGUGGCCUGCUACCUGUACGAGCAGCACUACCGCGAGAGCUGGGAGGCGGCCCUCACCUGCGCUUGCCCCGGCCCCGACGCCGGCCAGCCGCGCGCCAAGCCCGAGUACUGGGUGCUCAUGCUCAAGUACUUCAUGUGCCUCGUGGUGGGCAUCACGUCCGGCGUCUGGAUCUGGUCCGGCAAGACAGUGGAGUCGUGGCGGCGCUUCACCAGCCGCUGCUGCUGCCGCCCGCGGCGGGGCCACAAGAGCGGCGGCGCGAUGGCCGCCGGGGACUACUCCGAGGCGAGCGCGGCGCUCACGGGCAGGACCGGGCCGCCGGGCCCCGCCGCCGCCUACCACAAGCAGGUGUCCCUGUCGCACGUGUAGGAGGCCGCGGCCGGCCGAGGAACCCGAGGGACCCGGGCCGGGACGUUGAGGGGAGGGGUGGUUUUGUCUGAUAGUUUUGCCAAGGUCACUUCCGUUUACCUUCAUGGUGCUGAUGCCCCUCCCGGGGCAACUCGGAGAGAGGGAAAAGGGGCGGUUUCAAGGGCGUACCUGUCUCAGUUCUCAGAGGGGCUCAGCUCACGUGUAUUCUAUUUUGUGUUUCUUACUACCUUCCUUAGGGGAACCCUCUUUUUAAUUUAUAUGUAUUUUUCUUAAUUUGUAACUUUGUUGCAUUUUGGCAACAAAAUUUACCUUUGCUUUGGGGGCUUUACAAUCCUAAGGCUGGCAUUGUAAUGAAGUUCCACUUGGUUCAAGUUUCUUUGAACUGUGUGGUCUGAAUUGGGAAAAUGUAUUUCCUAUACGUGUAUCUUUUUUAAAAAUGUGAACAGUGAAAGUUUGGGUUGCUGUGACUGGGAAGUUGUCCGGUGUGCUUUUUCAGCUACUUUCUCCUUCCAUUGCCCACUUGUGUCCAAGAUGCUUUAAAGUGAGCUGCUGUUUAUAGCCCCACGUCAUACCAAGGAGGGGAUGAUAACGUGGUUAGGGCCUCCCAAAAGCGACAAGGUUAGGGGAGUGCUUAGUGGUUUUGUGUUCAUCCUUAGCUCUGUUUAGGGAGCUUUGGCUUUUUUUCUGUAGUGCUUGUAAUCAUUCUGAUUCUUAACAGCACAGCGUUGUGUCUUGAAUAAGUUAAAGGUAGCAUUAUCGAGUGUCUGGUAUAAAUAUUUGCAAUAGUGAGAACCUAAGGGGUGGUGAUUGAUUGCACUUGAAUUCUAGACUGGUGAGAUGGCAGCUUUGCGCCGAAGAGGGAGUGGGUGGUUCUUAAUAGGCUUCAGUGAUCCCUAUUUUUUUUUUUUUUAGAAAGGAACUUGUGGUAUAAUUUUGAUAAAAGUAUAAAACUCUCUUCUUCUGGAAGUACUGAGUGAGAGUUGCUAAAGGGGGCUCGUUUUAGAUGUAGGGACUAAAAUGGAUAUACUUCCAGUAAUUAAAGUAAAUUUCCAACACUUAUCUGCUCCCCUCAGCUCCACCUCCUUUAUCAUGUUAAACAGUCCUUUUGCUUUUCUUAUUCCUCCUCUCCUGGAGAGCUGUGAUUAGAAACCACACCCACCCUUGAAUGAAGUGCUUGAACUGGGGGAGGGAGGCUGGCUACCUGUGAACAAACACUGGCUGCAGUGAGGGAAAAUAAGUGUCCCUGGACUUUGGACUAGUUUAUAGCCAGAUAUUCUAAAAGCAGCAAGACACUGCUCUCUGGAAUCUCUGAGAACAAAUGAGACCCAUAACAUGCUUACAUAAGCUUUUAAAAUAUGGAUCAGUGUAAUAAUGCCAUCACAAGAGGGAAGCUGCUUUUUUCACCCCUACCUCUAUAUUUUUCUUUUCCUCCUCUUCUGAGAAAGCCUGUAUGUUGAUGAUUUUACACAAACACACACACACACACACAUGCUUCUUUGCUAUUAGAGAAUUCAGUUUGCUUUACUAAUGUUUAACCAUUCCUUCAUUCAUAUAUGAAAGCCUGUAUAUUGAUGAAUAUACACACAUACACACAGAGGUUUCUUUGCUAUUAGAAAAUUCUGUUUGCUUUUCUAAUCUGUUUAACCAUUCAUUCAUGAAGAGUGUGAGGCCAUUACUGGGGAAGGGGGGGUGACAGUACAUCAGCCAGCAAAAUACCAAUGGCCAGGAUUGAGUGGGGACUAAACUUAGGAAGCUGAAAUGGCCAAAGCAGUUAAAAUUUGAGAAAGCCGCCCUAGGAAAACCACUGGAGUCUAGACAUUUGGACCUCAUUUUAUACCAAAGUUGGGAAAAUAAAAUUUAAGCCUAGGUCAGUUUUUACUUCAUGGAUAUUAAGUAGACAAAUGCACAAUUCCCAUAGGGAAUUUAAACACUUGCUGGUGGGAGAAACCUAGUAUUAUAGCUUUAAGGACUCUCAAAAGCUGUUCACAUUUAUAAAAAUGCACUGCUCUUACACAACUUAUCCUCUGAAUCAAAACUAAAAUUUCAGUGUAUUUGACAAAGCCUAGUACACAUAGCUACAGAACUUUGUGCCUAUCUUAUUUCUCUGCUUAUUCUAGGAAGAGGCUUCUUCCUAGAAUCUUGAAAUAAAUCCCCUGCUUGUGUGCCAAUUCCUCUCCUGUUUUUCAAACGACCUUUUCUGAUCACCUUGAACUCUUCUCUCAUUUGUCUUCCCAGAAUGCCUUCAGUCAUCUGAUUUGGGGUUGUCCCCCCUUCCUUUUCUUUGUGGAGGAAUCUAGACAUGAUGGGCAGUGUACCCAAAAGUUGUGGGAUGAAGUGGAUGAAAGUGAUUUACUUCUUCAUGUUUAAAUUUUUUUUUUAAUUUAGCAACAUGCUAAAUCUAAAAAGAACAACUAACUUGCUUAAAAAAUAAGAGUUGAAACAAAGGCUGCUAAGUCCAAGGGGAGGCAAUGUAAGUAAUGCUCUUUGGGAGUUUAGUUCCAGGCCAGCUUUCAGAGGCACUACUGUUCUGUCUGGAUUCUCAACCCUCAUCUCCCUCUCUCUUCCCUCAUCCCCUAAAAAAAGAGACAAAGAUAAAGCUUCUGUUUCCCUAAAGUCUUACUAGUAUCAGCCACUCCAGGGGAGAAGAACUGGAUCUAUAUAUGGCCACCCCCUAUUUCCAUCCGUAUACUUAUUUUCCCCUGAUUUGCAUUUUGUUGUGAAAAAAAAUCAUACUUAUGAAAACAGUUGUAAAAUGAAAGGUUAUGGGGUAGUUCAGCAACUUUUUCACAGCUAGCCUUGAGAAGCUGGGGAGGACUUAAGGCCCAGUUUAGUCUCUUAUGUACAGCUUCAGGGCUGUCCCUUUCUCAGUUCAAUUUUAAGCAAUGUCUCACUUCAUAGAUCAGGGGUUAGGAUUCAGAUAGGUGUCUAAAUAAACUAGUGGGACCUCUCACUGAAUCAGAUUAACCAGAUUUUAGAAAGUCUUUUUAAUUUAUAUUAUUGCCCUCCUCACAUUUUGAAGUGAUCUAAAUUGGAAAUAAUUUUUCUUGGUGCCUUAUUGGUUUAUGCUUGCAAACCUUUAUCAUAUUUUCACGUGACCAUUGCCGGCGAUCAGGGCCUGUGUGUGUGUGUUGUGUGUAAUUGUGUGCAUGUACAAGCUUAAAUAAUGUGCCGACAGCACUGUUUCAACGUUGGUAUUCAUUAGGUUGUUUCCUCCUGGGCCAGGGCUGCACUAAUCCUGACACUGGCUGCCAGGAGAAAACCUCGUGGCUCACACACCGAACCCUAGUAGCAGCAUCUGUGACCUGCACUCUCCAGCACAGAAUGGGAACCCCAGAGCUAGGAAACAUAGUUGUGUAUUUUAAUGAACUGCUACCCCUGCUAAAGCAGCUUCUUUCACUUUUGUGCUCUACAGAAAGACCAAGGGGUGGGGGGAGGGAGGAGGGACAAAGCUUUGAAUAACUGCUUUCUAACACCGAAUGUGGCAAACAGGACAGAGAACAUCACAACUGUAGGCAGGUGUGUGGGACAGUGGCUAAGAAUUGCCUGUUCCCUCCACAUUGCCCUUUCUUGUCUACAAAGUCCAAUCAAGUGAUCCUGAGAAAGAAAUCUGCCUGGGUCGGGGAGGAUGGUUGUGAAAGAAGAAACUACCAAGACAUUAAAGAAGGGUGAAGGGUAGGCAGGAUAUAAGUAAGUAACCUGACUCAAAACUCUCAAAAUCUUCUAGCAGCUUGAUGACAAUUACAGAAUUUAUUUCAGCCAGAUCAUGUCUGUUUGUGGUACAUCAUUUAAGACAAUAUUACUUCAUGUUGUUACAAACUGUUUGUAUAGUCUGUACGUUCUGUGGAUGUGUAUAUACAUAAUAUAUAUUAUAUAUAUGAGAGAUUUAGUGACUUUUGAUACGGGUUUGGUGCAGGUGAAUUUAUUACUGAGCCAAAUGAGGCACAUACUGAGUCAGUAGUUCGAGUCCAGGGCAUUCAAUACUUUUUAUGAUUUCCAUAUAUGUAUAGUGCCUGUGCCAUGCAGUAUAGUCACUGUCAUGUUAAAUCCAGAACUUACAAAUCAGAGCCAGUGAUAUUUUGUUUGUAGACAAUCAACUUGAAUCUAUAAAUUAUUACUGGCAGAUGAUUAUAAGUCUGAAUCCAUAACACUAACAAAAGCAAACCCAGAGCAUCUUGAUAAGAAGUUUUUGUUUCUGUUUUGUUCCUGGGAGUCAGUAGAACAGCAGUUGUAUGUGGUUAUGUUAGUCUCAAGAUAAUUUGUUGACCUUAUUAUUUCAGAAUAAUUUUGUAUGUAUUAUAUUUGUGGGAAGGUAAAAUAAUGGUUUGAGAUUUUUAUCAAAUAUGGAGAUUAGUUAUUUAUGAACAACAAAGAAAUGUCUAUUUUUGUUUCUUUGUUCCCAAUUAAUGUAGAUAAAUUUUAAAAUGCAUUAAAGCAAUGGUAAAGAAAAUAAAAAGAUGCUGUAGA